GUUUCGGUUCGAAGGUUUACAUAUGGGAAUGAAUGACCAUUGGCAAGGUUGGUGAAAAUGAGGCAGAGAAUCUCCAUGUCGGCUGUUUCGCAGGUUUGCCGAUGCAGAGUUGGGGAGGCAAUGCAAGUCCAAGCCAUCACAUUCCUCCGCAAUUUAUCCGAGGGAUUAGUGUGACGACAGCUGUGCCUGGCACACGGAGCAACCACUGCAUUAGGCCCUGCAAGUGAGGCGUUUGGGAGGAGGACCUUGGACCAGGUCGCCUUCCUUCCAGGCAAUUAUGGUGCUCAAGCUGCUCGUGCUGCUCGAGCUCCUGAGAGUGGGUGCGUAUCAAAUGUCGUACGAGGCCGGGGUACUUUCUGAAGGCAACGUCAAAGACGAUGAGUUUGGAAAGGUUGUCAGCAUCUCUGGCAACGUACUGAUAGUUGGUGCGCCCGCUGAAGAUAUUAAUGGCACAGAUGCGGGUGGCGCAUAUGUCUACAAACUGGUGGGAAACAUUUGGACGCUGGACGCCCGAAUCGUGUCAGAGGAUAUUGCCGCUGGAGACCGAUUUGGGAACUCCUUGAAGGUGGAAGGUGACUACAUCAUAGUGGGAGCGGAUGGCCAUGAUUCCAAUGGCCUGGCAGACACGGGGUCAGCCUACAUUUUUUCGAAGAAUUCCGACUCAUGGGUCCAGCAGGCCAAACUCGUGGGCGAUGACACCAUGGCAGGGGACAAGUUUGGCAUCUCUGUGAGCAUGACGGAGAACUAUGCAGUGGUGGGAGCUGACUGGCACACAGGUCCCGGUGGAGUUGGAUGUGGCGCCGCAUAUAUUUUUGCCUUCAAUGGGAGCAGCUGGAACCAGGAGGCCCAGUUGCUUCCCGACGACAGUGCGGCCUUCGACCGCUUCGGGGGAGCGGUGAGCAUCUUUGAAUCCACGGUCAUUGUUGGAGCAGUGGAGUCCGAAGAGAAUGGAGCAGCAUAUGUUUUCGAGAGGAAUGGUGACCAGACUUGGAGCCAGCUAGUGAAGUAUGUGGCUGAUAGCAACACAACCGACACCGAUCGGUUUGCCAGUGCUGUAGCCCUGUCUGGGGAUACUGCGGUAGUUGGAGCUUUCUGGGACGACGGUGAGAAGGUCAAUGGUGGUGCCGUGUAUAUUUACACAUGGAACUCCUCUGGUUGGGGAACCGGCACCAAGAUCUAUGCGCCCGAUGGCGCAAACGAGGAAGACCGUUUUGGCAUCUCCGUAGAUGUGUCAGGCAACACCAUGAUUGUUGGCGCCUACUUCACCAGUGAGUCAGGCGUAUGGAGUGGCUCUGCAUAUAUCUUUGCUCAGCUGGCUAUCGGGCAGUGGUCCUUCCAGGAGAAGGUAACAUGGUCUGGAGCUGCGGCAUCUCACUACUUUGGUCGAGGGGUCAGCAUAUGGGACAGCAAUGUCGGGCCUUUCACCGCAGUGGUGGGUGCCCCUGGGGCCAACAGCAGCAUCGUCCUGGAAGGAGGACUACCGACAACAAGCACCACAACUACUAGCACAAGUUCAACUUCAUCAUCUACCAGCAAAACGGCUAGCACUUCAACAACCACCAGUUCGACUAAAACCAGCUCGAGCUCAGUUUCUUCGAGCACUUCAAUAACCACUUCGACCUCAAUGACUUCCACAACUUCCAUGACCUCUAGCAGUCUUACCAGCAGUUCCACCUCAGUCUCCCAGACAACCAGUACUUCUUCUUCAGUCACUCUAACAACAAGCACUUCAUCCUCACACACAAGGACCUCUUCAACCAUGACAUUAACAACGAAGACCACACUCACGACGACUAGCACGUCCCAGACCACUACUUCCUUUACAACAACUUCAUCAACUAGAACAUCAGCGACGACGACUGAAUCGACAAUGACAACGACCGCGUCUACGUCAAGUGCAUCGACAACCACUUCGCAGACACAGACAAGCACGUCGGUCUCCGUGACAAAGACAAGCUUGAGGGUCACAAGUAGCUCAACAGCUCCGCCAAGCUUGAGCAUGAAGGAAGAUUUUGGCACAGGGAUCGACUACUCCUCCGGAUCAUGGACCUGGGAGGAGUAUGAUAGUGCCGCUUUCCACCUGCGUGUGCCUCUGGUGCUUCUACUGUGGAUGGUCCACUGAAGGGUACCGGACUCCACCGGGCGUCUUACGGGGGACAGUGGUGCUCUUUCAGCACCGCAUGAACAACC